GUGCAACGUCCAAUUCCUUUGUUUUUUAUUUCAACCAAGCACGUGUGUUUUGGUUUUAACGUGCCGAAUUUUAAAUUUUAGUUUAUUUGUGAGGUACGUGCAGUAUUCGAAAAACCAUGCCGAAGGUACGCAGCACAACGGGUAAGCCCCGGACGCAAGGAUUCAACCACUCCAACCACUCGAUGAAUCCGGAGCGCCCUAAAAGCGGUCUUAAAGGGGUCGCCCACCCACGUACGAAGGGCACUAUCAAGCGGCUCCAGAUGUAUCGUAACUUCAAGGCCAAGCGAGAUCGCACUGGAAAGAUCCUUACACCUGCCCCCUUUCAGGGCCGCUUGCCUGCUGGAACGAUGGCUCGUGUAGAGCCCACUCCCAAAUGGUUCAGCAAUUCCCGUGUCAUCUCGCAAACAGCGCUGCAAAAGUUUCAGGAUGAGAUUGGUAAGGCUGUCAAGGAUCCAUACCAGGUGAUCAUGAAACCAUCCCAGCUGCCAGUUACGUUACUUAACGAGGCGGCCAAGUAUAAAAGGGUUCACCUGCUGGACACCGAGAGUUUCGACAGUACCUUUGGACCCAAAAAGCAGCGCAAGCGGGUUAGCCUAAAAGUGCGAGAUCUGGAAGAUCUAAGCAAAGCUGCUGAUGAUCAGGCCGAUAAGUACGAUUCCGCCAAGGACUUGGAUCUGAUUCGAGAGGACACGGGCGAAAAGAAGGCGGUACGGGAUUGGGUGUUCGGCGCAGGGCAGAGUAAGCGCAUCUGGAACGAGCUUCAUAAGGUAGUGGAUGCUUCAGAUGUGCUACUACAGGUUUUGGAUGCCCGCGAUCCAAUGGGCACUCGUUCGAAAUACAUCGAAGAGUUCUUGCGCAAGGAGAAGCCACACAAGCAUCUGUUCUUCAUUUUGAAUAAGGUUGAUUUGGUGCCAGUGUGGGUUACCCAGCGUUGGGUGGCUAUCCUCAGUGCAGAGUAUCCCACUAUUGCUUUUCACGCUUCCCUCCAACAUCCCUUUGGCAAGGGUGCGCUUAUCAACCUUUUCCGUCAGUUGGGCAAGCUGCAUCUGGACAAAAAACAGAUAAGCGUGGGCUUUAUUGGUUAUCCUAAUGUGGGCAAAUCAUCGGUAAUAAACGCCCUGCGCUCCAAGAAGGUUUGCAAGGUAGCUCCAAUUGCCGGUGAGACGAAAGUGUGGCAGUACAUUACCCUGAUGAAGCGUAUAUUCCUUAUUGAUUGUCCUGGAGUGGUGUAUCCAACAGCGGAGACGGACACCGAAAAGGUGCUAAAAGGUGUGGUUCGAGUGGAGCUGGUCACAAAUCCGGAAGAUUACGUAGACUCUUUGCUUCAACGAGUGCGUCCGGAAUACAUUUCCAAGAACUACAAAAUCGACCACUGGAACACAUCCAUACAUUUCCUAGAACAGCUGGCCCAGAAGACAGGAAAGUUGUUAAAAGGUGGGGAGCCGGACGUCACGGUGACUGCCCGGAUGGUGCUUAAUGAUUGGCAACGCGGAAAACUACCAUUCUACGUUCCUCCCGAGGGAUUCGCUGUACCCAAGUCUCAGGAGGGUAAGCAGGAGGAAGAAGUGACCGAGGAUACCAAUGAAGAUGCAAAAUCCGAGGCCCCGACCUUUGUCAGCGAAUCGGUGAAAAAGGCGCGAGAGUUUAAGCAGAUACAGGACUUCCGAAAGAUUCGUGUGGGUCUUGAGUACGAGCAGCAGGAUGUAAAGGAACUAGAUCACAUAGACUUAGAGCUUCUGGAACAGCAGAAGGCCGAGCGUGCGGCAAAGAAGAAGGCUCGCCUACACAACCUCGGCGAAGACGAGGAGGAGUCCAGCGAUGGUGCAGAUGAGUUCUACUCGGAGGACGAGUACAACGAGGACUUGCAGCGCGUAGUGCACAAGAAGGCCAAGACGAAAAAGACACAGCAACUGGCCAUUACGUCGUCCGGUAAAUUCCGCGUCGCAAAAAUUCAACCGGGAGAUUCGGACGCUGCUGACAGCUCUGACGACGAUGGCCCCAGCACUUCGAAAGCGCCUCGGUUGACGGCUAAGCAGAAACGUUCCCUCGAGCGCAGUCAAAAACGCAAGAAAAUCGGUAGCAACUUCUAUGAGACGACGAACGUGAAGAACCGCAAUCGGAACAAGAAGAAGGAUACAUAAUGUAUAAGGAUACAUUUUGUUUACACUCUAGGCUAUAUUCUCUUGCACGGAAAGAAACUACAUAUUAAGAAUCCAAAUAAAAUGUUGAUCCUA